GUGUCUUGGACUAACAACAAGGAAAACAAUGGACAUAAAUGACCUGAAAACUUUGACUAUAGACAUAUAACUCCACUUUUGUGUACAACAUUUUUUUCAUGUUGUUUCAUGCUUGAAAACAAAAAGUUACAAUUAGUAUCACCAUUCCUCCCCUCCUUGAUCCAUAAAUUUUGAGUUGCUUUUAAUUUAAUUUUAAUAUGACUAUUUUGUAAUUGUCUGGAACAGCAUCAGAAGCUUGUAACUGAAGUUAGUUUGGUGUGUUCGAGUGUUUGGACCUUGUGUCGUGUGAUUAAUGUAACCAUGUCCGCACAGGAGCUCUUUGUUACAGCAGCUCAUACAUUUCUGUCUGCAGGAAAGAAAUCCCUAUCUAUUCCUAAAAGUCUGGACCUUUUUGCUCAGGUUUUGGCUGUUGAUUUAGGACUGAAACCAUCUCUGCUCUAUGACAGUAACAGCGCCACGGCAGAGCAGGUGCAGCAGUAUCUGAGCUCACUGCAGUCUUCACAACUUGUGUCUAAAUCACUCCUCACACUGGACUUAAAUGGAAACACUCUUAUUGUUAACCCAGCUACAGUCAGAUUAAACAUAGAGCAGCUGCUUCAUGGUGACAGCGUAGCUGUGAUUGAUGUUUGCCACUCACUGGAGAAGCCCACCCUCUCUGAAACACUCAGAGGAGAGCUAAAGACGAUUGCACAAGAUGUACUGAUCCUCCUGAGAGGGUGUGAACAUCUGAGGGAGGCUGAAAAACCUCUGACUGCAGGAGACAAGUGUGAGGAGUGGAACCUGUGCACAGUCUUUGGUCUUUUACUGGGUUACCCUGUCACCUACUGGUUUGAUCAGAACAAGAGCUUUGAAAACUGCCUGUCUAUGACUCCCCUGUCGGUCACCACAGCUUCAGCCACAUGGCAGGUCAUGGGCGAGGGCCACAGGUGUCAUCUGUUCUCCUUCAGUAUCCCGGCUGAUUUGCUUGUGGACACGCAGUGCAACCUGAAAAACUGGAACGUUUGUCUUCAAGAGAGAUUUCAGCAGCAAAAUGUCCUAACAGAUCUUACUGUUUGUCAAACCCUGGUCACACUGCCCUCAGUCUGUUUAUGAUGCAAAGUGCAUUUUUUUUUUUUCUUUAAAAUAAACUUAUGAUGUAUGUGUAUUUACUUUAUUACUCCAUUAAAAACCAAGUGUAAAAACCUGUU